CUCAAAUGAAACAUUUUCUGGAUGGAUGUGUUUUAUAAGGACUAGAUAUCUAAAAGUCUUCCAUCAUAGAUUGAGGAGCUAAGAAUUGAGCUAAAUCGUCGAGAUCAAGAGAUUCUGGGAAUGGGAGCCAAGAUGCGAACAUUAGAAGAACAGCAUCAAGACUAUCAGCGCCAUAUAGCUGUGCUCAAGGAAUCUCUGUGUGCCAAAGAAGAGCACUACAAUAUGCUUCAGGCUGAUGUAGAAGAACUAAGAAUGAAACUGGAUGAGAAAAACCAGAUAAUAGAAAAGAAAACCCAGCAGACUACAUUAAGCACACAAGAAAAGAACAAAUUAACACAUGAAAAUCAGGAGCUAAGGGAUCACAUGGAGAUUAAAGACAGGAAAAUAAAUGUUUUACAAAGAAAGAUUGAAAACCUUGAGGAUUUGCUAAGAGAAAAGGAUAACCAAGUUGACAUGGCAAGGGCUAGAUUAACAGCCUUACAGGCUCAUCACUCAUCAUCUGAAGGAGCAGUUUCCAGUCUGGAAGAAGCUAUCAGUGAUAAAGAAAAACAAAUAAAUCAACUUCGGGAACAAAGAGACCGUGCAGAACAAGAAAGAAAUGAAGAAAGGGAACUUCAUGAGCGAGAGAUAGCUGAGUACAAGAUGAAGAUGCAUGCAUUAGAGAGUGAAAUGGAGAAAAUACAGGUGAGGUUAGAAAAAACAGCUUCUGAAAAAGAUAGGGUUGAAGUCAGGCUUGAAAAUUCUCAAUCUGAGCUUGGGCAGGCUAGGGCUGAGCUUGAUAAACUUCAGCUUGAAAUGAACCGAACACAUUCUAGUUGGGAGAGAGGAAGAGGUGAAAGCUCUCGUUUGGCUUUGGAGAAUGAACGUUUACGUGAACAACUUAAUAAAUUAAAGGUAGAAUUAAAUAGAUCAGAAGAAACAUAUGGAUUGAAAUCCCAACGUUACCAGUCAAAUGAGGUAGAAAUGUUACAGGAAAAAUUGGAUAAAGUCCAAUGUGACCUUAGAAGAGCUCAAGCUGAGCUUCGAAUGAAUCAAGCAGAGCAAGAUCGAUCAAGAGGGGAAGUUGAACAGCUUCAAGAGAGAGUUGAAAGAUCUCAGGGGGAGAUUUAUAGACUCAAAGCUAAGCUAGAAAAUGCUCAGUCAGAGAGAGAGAGUAUACAAGAGGAAUAUGACAGAUUGCAGAACUCCAUUGCUCGGGCUCAAGUUGAAAGAGAUAAUGCUUUAACAGAAUCAGAUAAAUUACGAGGUGAACUGGAAAGGGUUCAAAUAGCUCUGAGUAAAUUAGAAGGGCUUCAGGAGAAAACUCAAUCUGCUUUAGAUAAGUCACUGCUAGAGUCUGAUAAGCUCCAGGAUGAACUGGACAAAGUCAGUAGUAAUGUGACAAUUAUUCAAGCAGAAAGAGAGCAAACUCAGAGUGAGCUGGAUAGCAUCAAGCUAGAAAUGCAACAGACCAAAAAUGAAAUUGAAAAAUUACAGAGGGAAAAAGAAUCAACUCAACAGGAAACUGAAAAAUUGAAAGAAAAAUAUGAAAAAGCACAAGUUCGUUAUCAGCAUUUACAAAGAGAGAAGGAUUCUUGCCAUAAUGAAAUAGAAAAAUUGCAACAGAAGACUGAUCUUCUUCAGGCUCAGUUGGUUAAAAUCCAGAAAGAAAAAGAAAAUUGUCAAACUGAAUACGAAGUUGUUAAGGAAAGACUUGAAAAAACUCAAAAUCAAAUAGAAAGGAACCAAACAGAAAAUGAAGGUUUCAAUAACGAAAUAAAAAUGCUGAGAGAAAAACAUGAUCAACUGAAGGAACAACUGGAAAGAGUACAAGACAGUCGAGAUCUUUGCCGUGCUGAAAAUAAGAAAAUUCAAGACAAGUUAGAUAAAAGUCAGUCUGAGGUAUAUCAGUUGGACUCAAGACUAGAACAAGCACAGGUUGAAGUGGAAAGAUUAACUUUAGAACUAGAAAAAGCAAAAACCACAGCCAUCCAAACUAAAGAUGACCAUAAACGGUCUCAACAAGACUAUGAGGCUCUUCAAGAAAACUACAAUAGAGCAAACGCUCAGCUGCACAGAGCUAAAGAAUCAGAAGAAAAACUGAGAAGUAAGCUUGAUCAUUGUCAGCUUGACCUGGAAGUCUUGCAAGAUAGGUAUAAUAAAUCCCAAGCAGAUCUACGUAAAGUUCAGUAUGAGAGAGAGAGUUUACAAGCAGAUGUCGAUCAUAUGUAUGUAGACCUUGAUAAAUCUAAAACUCAAGCAGGAAGAACACUAAACUCACAUGAAGAGGAAGUAUUGAAGUUACAAACCAAUUUAGAGAAAAUGUAUGAAAAAAUAGAAAGGCUCCAAACUGAGCUUCGAAGAACCCAAAAUGAAAAAGGUCAGCUAGAAUCUCAAAGAGAUAAUAUGGAAAUUGAAAUAGGGCAAUAUCAGACACAGAUUUCCAAAUAUCGGGAUGCUCACGAAAAAUCACAUUCAGAAUUGGAAGUUAAUCAGGCAGAUAUAGAAAAAUUGAAAAAUAAAUAUGACAAAGCUUUAAUGGACCUUGAUCAAGUUUAUGAAGAAAAAAAUAAACUGGUUUUAGAAAUUCAAAACUUGCAGGAUGAAGUUAGCAAACUGCGUGAUGGAAAUAAAGAGGUGGAGAAAAGCAAACAGCAUCAAGACUAUGAUAAAAUAAGCUAUGAAUUGGAGAAAGUUAAACAACAAUACCAGUUUAGAGAAACUGAUGUUUGGAAACUUGAAGGUCAAAAUCAGAAACAUGUAAAAGAAAUUGAGAAACUUCAAAAAGAUCUUGAAACUGCUCAAGAAAAAAUUCAUAGGUAUAGGUUGUAUGAUGACAAUAAAAAACAAAAUUUUGACCAACUGAUAGAAGACAAUCAAAAGUUGAAGGAGAAUGUAGAACAACUUGAAAUAGAGUUGGAAAGAAUAAAAAGAGAAAGAGACAGACUUAAGUCAGAAGUUGAAAUGAUCCAAGAGAAACUUGAUUUAUUUGCAUCACGUGAAAAGAAGCAAAAGCUCCAAAAUGAGCGACUAGCAACAGAAAAGGAUAGCCUCCAGGAGAUUUGUGACCAUAUACAAAAAGAACUCGAAAGAACAAAAAAAGAUAGAGACCGAUUAGAAGUUGAUAUGGAGUUACUGCAGACAAGGUUCGAUAAGCAUACAUCACGAGAUGGUGAUCAUAAGCAAGAAAUGGAUAGGUUGAUGAUUAGCAAUCAGCAAGUGACUGAAAAGCAUGAUAAGCUACUGUAUGAACUUGAAAGGGUCCAACUAGACCGAAACAGAAAGCUUAAAGAAAUAGAAUCUUUUCAGGAAAAACUUACUAGCUGUAUUUCCAGAGACAAAGAGCAACAGCAAGAAAUUGAAAGAAUUUCUGUGGAAAACAAAAGACUUAAGAAAAGCUUAGAUGAUAUUCAUACUGAAAUGGAAAAUCUACAAAGAGAAAAAAUUAGAAAACAAAGAGAGUUGGACUCAGCACAGGUAAGGCUUGAAAAUUAUGCUUUGAGUAAAGGUGAUCAGGGAAGAGGUAUUGAGAAUGUUGUAACUGAAAAUCAAAGACUGAAGUUAAACAUAGAUGAAUUGCAAAUUGAUUUAGAAAAGGAAAGAAGAGAGAGAGAUAAAAAACACAGAGAAAUUGGAGUAAUUCAAGAUAAACUGAACAGUUAUGUAUUGAUGAAUGAUGAACAAGCAAAUGAAAUCCAAAAGCUUAUAGCAGAAAAUAAAAAACUAAAAAUUGAUCAAGAUGAGUUGAGUUUACAAUUGGAAAAAGCAUUAAGAGAAAAAGGCAGAAAGCAUGGAGAAUUUGAGUCAUUUAAAGAAAAGCUUGACAGUUAUGGUUUAAGUAAGGAUGAGCAAAAAGAGGAAAUUGGAAGAUUAAUUUCAGAAAAUGAAAGGCUUAAAAUAGAAUUAGAUGAACGAAAUAAUGAUUUCAAAAGAUUGCAGAAGGAAAAAGAAAAAAAGCACCAAGAUCUUAUGUUAGUACAAGAGAAACUUCACAGAUCUACUUCAGUUGAAAAUAACCACAAAAUGGAAAUUGAAACACUUGUCACAAAUUUGGAUGAAGUAAAAUCUAAAUUAGAUGAGACUUGCAGAGAGCGAAACAAAUUGAAGACAGAAUUAGACUCUUUUAAGACUAAACUUGAAAAGUACACUGCAUUAGAAGGUAAGAGCGAACAGGAACUGUACAAAAUGCUCAACGAUAAUAAAGAACUUUCUCAAAAAGUUAAACAACUUGAAAUGGAACUGAAUAAUUUAAGAGUAGAUACAGAGAAGAAGCAGGUUGAAUUAGAUGCUGAACAGGAAAGAAUUAGGAACUAUGUAUCUUCCGAACAUAAACAAAGGGAUGAAUUUGAGAAAUUAAAGACCGAUAACCAACAGUUGGCAGAAAAAGUGGAGAGACUUUGUAUAGAUUUAGAAAACAUAACAGAAGAUAGAGAUAAAAAACAAACAGAACUUGAAUUGUUUAAACAUAAAUAUGAUAAACAAAUUUUAUUAACAGAUGAACUGAAACAGGAGAAAAACAAUUUAUUAACAGAUAAUAAAACUUUACAGGAAAAUGUAAGUCAUCUUCAUACAGAUUUAGAGAAAAUACAAAGAGAAAAAAAAUCUCUGCAGAGAGAGCUACAAGAUCUUCAAGCUGCUUUAGAUCGUACACAAGCACAACUAGAGAGACUUUAUGCUAACCAAGAGCAGUCACUUCAGCACACAACCAAUGAAACUGAAGAGCUAAAGCAGCUUGUGAGCAAGUAUGGAUCAGAAAUUGAGCAAACUAAGUCUAACAAUUAUCGUUUACAGAAAGAAGUUUCUCAGCUAAAAAAAGAUGCAGAAGAUGCUAACAAGUAUAUUGCCAGUCUACAAGAAACCCAAAAAAACGAUAAAAGUGCAUUGGAACACUUACAGGCAGAAAAUAAGUUGAUAGAAAAAAACUUUGAAAAAUCACAGAAAGAGUUACAACUAAUCAAGAUGGAAAAAGACAGAUUAAAUGAAGAGACUCUUGUGUAUGAAAAUGAGCUUCAGAAAUACAGAGAAGAGGUAGAAGAAAACCAAGAUAUUUGGGCAAGGUCAAAAACAGAGCUUGAAAAGUUACAAUAUGAAUUCCAAAAACUAGAGAAAAAAUGUGAGAAAACAGAAGCAGAUAAUAAAGAGCUUCAAGAAAAAUUAAAUGUAGCUCUUCUGACAAUAGAUAAAAACCAACAGCAGUUACAACAGACUAAUGAAGAUCUCCAAAGCACAAAAAAAGAAAAAGAACAGUUAAAACAGUUUCUGGCUCAAAACAAACAAAUCAUAGAAACAAGUUUUCAAGAAGAACGACAAAACAUUGAGAGAGAGUUUGAAAGACUACAUUCAGAACUGCAUAAUCGUGAAGCAGAUAUUGAGAAAGCAAAUGAAGAGGUGCAAAAAUAUAAGAAACUUCUAGCAAACUCUCAAGAAGAAAGCAAUAAACAAAAAUAUCAAACUCAUAAAGAAGUAGAAAAACUUCAGACAGAGGUGGAGAACUAUAAAUCUGAAGUACAAAGAGCACAUGAAGAAAUUCAGGAUUAUCAGAAACACUUUGCAAAAAUUGAAGAAGAUGUCAAAAGACAGAGUGCAAGCAAACAAGAAGCUGAAAAACAGAUGGAGAGUUUUAUACAAGAAGUAGAAAAGUACAAGAAUGAAGUACGAAAAGCUAAAGAAGAAACACAAAAAUACCAAAUGCAAGUGACAAAAUUACAAGAAGAGGCUGGAAACCAAAGUGUUUUGAGACAGCAAACUGACAGAGAAAUGGAGAGAAUGAAACUUGAAGUUGAAAAUCAUAAGGCAGAGGUUCAAAGAGUUAAUGAAGAUAUCCAGAAAUACCAACAACAAUUAGUUAAGGUACAAGAAGAAAAAAAUUUGCAAAUACAACAGAAAGAUUUAGAACUAAAGUCCAUGCAGGAGGAAAUUGCAACAAAGAAAGAAGAAGCAAAUAAAGCUAAUGAAGAAAUUCAAAAAUAUAAAAAAGAACUAGCAAAGCUACAAGGGAAGUUAGCAACAAGUCAGACUGCUGAUCAAAAUCAACCCAUGGAAAUCGAAAAUCUUUAUCGAGAUUUUGAAAAACAAAAAACUGAAAAUUCAAAGUUACAAGAAGAAAUAAAAAAGCUAAAAAUACAAUUUAGUAAAGCACAGGAAGAAACUAAGUCAUUUGCUGUUGAAAGAGAAAGAUUUCAGAAUCAGUUGGAGAGAUUGGUGCAAGAGCUGGAAAAUAGGGAGGCAGAACUUCAGACCUUACGGAACCAAAAAGGUGCUUCAAACAAAAUCGGUUUGGUGCAGAGUACUGAAAUGACAGCAUUACAGAAACAACUGGAAGAAAAACAGAAAAAUGUGGAUAUCUUGGAGAAGAAGCUAAAAAAACAGAAAGAAACACUAGCUUACAUGGAACAAGAAAGAAAACAGGCAGAAUUGGGCCAGCAUGAAUCUUUAACCAAAGAAAUUACUGAGCUACGUCAAAAAAAUUCUAUGCUAGAAAAACUCAGAAUGGAAAGUCAGAAAGAAGUGGGAAAAUUCAAAGAAGAAGCUAAACACUCAUCCACAGAACUAGAAAGACUGUUACAAAUCAUGUCCAACAUGGAGGAGGAGAAAUUUGCCCUAAAUAAGCAGAUACAAGAUUUACAGAAUUCUUUGAAGGAAAAAGAAUCUAAGCUCAACAAUAUUAAAAGAAGUCAGCAAACAGAGAAGACGAAAAGUGCACAGCUGUUAGAGGAAGCUCGUCUUCGGGAGGGUGAGCAUGGUAAAGAAUCAGCUAAAGCACAGGAGCAAGCUCUAGAACAGCUACAAAGAAUUGAAGAACUUGAGGAGGCUUUAAGGGAGAGUGUUCGUAUAACUGCUGAUAGGGAAGUUGCUUUGGCCAAGAAGGAAUCUCUUUACAAAGAAGCAGAAACGAGAAUCUGUAAGCUGGUAGCUGAAUUAAAAGCACUUCAGAAUGCCCAUAAUGCUCGUUGCACGAAGUGUCCAAUCUUAAAAGUGUCACUCAAGGAUAAGGAAUCUGAACUGCAAAAACUAAUUUCGGAAAGAAAAUGCCAUCUAGAAGAAACAUUUGAAAUGAAGCAAGAAGCUUUAUCUGCAGCUCUCAGUGAAAAAGAUGCCCAUCUUGCUUGGCUAGAGGUGUCUGGAAUUAAAAAUGCCCAGACAGCUGAGCAGGUUGAUAACUUGAAAGCAGAGAAACGACAAUUAAUGGAAAAAAUGAAAUCUGAGAAUGAAAACAGGAUACGUUUACUGAAGGAAAUAGCUGAAAAUUUUCUUUCUACUAAUGGAAAGAUAGACUGGGAAGAAGAUACAAGUUUUCAAGAUGUUCAAGAGCAAGAACAUUCAGAAACAAAGUCUUUUGAUACUGAAGAAAAGAGCUUACCCACUUGAUAGACAUAAUACUAACAGAAAGUUUUGUUAAAGAGCUGAAGGAACACAAGAAUUCAGUGAAGUUGAGCAAGAAAACAGAAGUUUGGAAGAGUUGAUCUAAAGAUGGGAAGACAGAUCAGUGUAUAGGGGGUAAAGAGGGAUAUAUAAAAAAAUUAACUGAAAUCAUUUUUUUUUAUACAUUUCAAUGAAUUUUUUGGCUUGCAUUCUAAUAUCACUAUAUUUCUAGCAAAUUACAGGUGGAGAGAUAACAAAAAACAUUCUGAGGAUGGAAAACAAGAGUAGAUAAUUAUUCAAUCUGAAACUGAUCCAUAAUUCAUAGAGAAACAUCUCAUAAUCUCAUUUUGAUAAUUUUUGUUGAAAAAUUGUUUAUUUGAAAUAUAAAUGGGCAUUAUGUAUGGCAGUUUCUCAUAUUUUGUUGGAAAUUCUUUGCAUUUUAUCUGUGGUGCGAAUCUUGAGAGAGACCAAAAUUUCACUUUGUCUUUAAAUUACGUGAACUUGCUGAAAUUUUGUAAUCUCUUUGGUAAAGAUGAGUACAAAAUCACCGUUUUCAUAAUAUUAGACAGAAUAUUGUAUCAAAGACAAAUUUUAGUUCUGAUAAUUGAACAGUUUUAAUUUAAAAAAAAAUUUUUUUACAUACAUUCAGUUAAAAAAACAAUAGCCUAAAGACAAACAUGUGUACAGUUUUCAAAAUAGGAUUGCAAUUUUGGGUAAUUUCCAUAAUUUUUUCUCUUUCCUUGCUGUUCUGUUUUUUUUUAAAAAAAGAACGGACUAAAUAGCUUCCAUGUUGUAUAUUUUAUUUACUAAUUUGACAGUGUCAUGAGUUUAUUACUCUCCUUUCAUAAUUUUACCACUACACUGUACAUGUUAGGACAACAGUUGAUAAAUUGAUCAAAAUAUGUGAAAUUUACCAGCCAUGGAAUAUCGCAAGAUAUGUUAUGUGUAAACAUUUUAAAUUAUUAUUUUUUUUUACUGAUACCCUUCAUUAACUUUAUUGCUAUUAAUUAACAUUAUAGUUUGUUAUUACUGAUGGUAACUUUUCUUCAUUAUUUGAAAAGAAACUUGGCUUUUGUUUUAAAAAAAUAACUGAAUCAUGUAUUUCUUUGUCAUGUGUUUUGUAGUUGAAACACAUGAAGUGCACUAAUAUCCAUAUAAGUAGCAUUAAUCUCAAAACCAGAGUUCUUAAGGAACAAAAGUGUAGAGACUUUAAAAGUGUUUGCUGUUGUGUACAAUGACUUGUGGUAUGUAAAUCAUCACCAAAAUACUCAGCUGUUACUUCACAUUUUCUAUGUUUCUGAAAAGAAGCAAGAUUUCACAACAUGUAAAUUUGAGUGAAAUGUGCAUUCAGAGAGAGAGAGAGACAAGUUAUUUCCCCAUGUAUUUAUGGUUUUUGUAUUCUGUUGUGUAUAGAAGAAAUUUUAGAUUUUAGCUUAUCAUAGUGAUAUUUGUGUGUGAUACACUUACAAUUUACAUUCAUCCCAUGAAGCUAUAACCCAACACUCUGUUGAUCAGUUUAGGCAAUAUAGUAGAUCCUUAUACUGAAUGUAUUGAUAUCGUAAACUGUAGUAUUUCGCAUUUGUUUAUUUUAGACUGAUACUGUACUCACUGUGCUUCAAAAAUUGCUGCUUUUAGCAGUAACAUAGAAUUUCAUUAGAAAUGUUGCAUAGCUAGAAAAUGUUGUGAUCUCUGUGUCAAUAUUGUCUUCCUAUAUAUUGUUUUUAGGGUAAAAAUAAGUACUGUAAAAAUUCUGGAAAUUAUCCAGAAUUGUGGGUGAUGUAUAUAAUUUUUUCAUACUUCUUAUUGGAAGGACAUUCUCAUGGUUAUGUUUUCUUUUGUGAUAUUUGAUACCUUGUUUUCUCAAACAAAAUGGUUUAUUAAAAUUGCCCGGUGUUUUGUCAGUCUUCAUGAAUGCUAUUAUCUCUCAAGUGUUUCAUUUUAUGAAAAAUCAAAUAGUUUAUACAAAACGAGUUUAAUAACAAAGAAAAAACUAAACAUUUACUGCAUUUUAAAUAAUACAAAAUUAUUUGUAAAUCUAUAGAUUGUUAAGAAAAGUUUAUCUAAAACAAUGGAUCACUCCAUAAGUAAACACAAUUUAUAUAUAUUUGUGCAUGUAUAGCUAGCUCAGCUAAAAACCAAAGAAACCUUCCUAGUAGGAUCUUUUUUCAUUUCUUUUUUGUAUGGGUUUUUCAUUAAUUUUGUGGGAGAAAAGUGAUAACUUCGAUAUCUGUAGAUAACUACAGUGUAGUACAAUAUAGUAACAACCCCAAGAUAAAGUUGACUGGAACUAUUCAGUUAGUUUUAAUCUCAUAAAUCUACAUUAUCCCAGAAAUCUUGCUUUUUAGGUGGUUUCUUGCAAAUAUGAUAAUGUGCUAAUCAGUACUUUUAGUUUCAUAAGAGGUUUUCCGGACGUUCAUGAAUUUUUGGAUUCGAAACACAAGCAUAUGGUUAAAUUCUAAUCGGUCGUUCUCAAACCGUUUGACUAGUAUGAAGUUAUAUUGUGUGUUGAAUAUUCCAACUUCUUUAUUUGCAUAUUGAUCCAAGUAUUUCCUAUUGUUUUUAAAGUGUUUGUUGUUAGUUGCUCUCACUUACUUUACAAGGUUAAUUACAACUUGUACGACUUUAUAUGUAGUGUUCAGAUAACCAAAUCUGCAAGUUAAAAAAUAUUGAAAAUGAUGUCAACAGUGUAAAAAAAAAAAGAAAAAAGAUAAAACACUAGUUUCCAUUUCCAUAGGUAGUGCCUUACUUAGUUAUUGCAUGUGAUAUUAAAAGCUUUUGUCUUUAUCUGAUUUAAUUACAACCUGAACUCUCAAUGAAAACUACUUACAUUGCUGAGAAUUUAAUAUUCUUACUGUUGGACUUUAUGGAUUAGAAUAUAGUUACUACUCAGUAUUGAUUAGGAUAAGUUAGUCAUUCUAUUUAUUUUAUUUUCAGACCCUCCACUUCUUAGAAAAUUUACCAAGGAUGUUUUAAAGUAAAGAUACUUUUUCUUUUUUAUUUAGUCAUAAGCUGUGUUGAUAUUUAGUGUAAUUCAUAUUUCAAUCAUAUAUACUUUUAUUAACUUUCAUAAUAUGAUAUUUUUGAAUAAUAAAUUUAUAUUAGCUCUCUUCCAGGUAGCAAUGUAAUUUGAUAAACAUUUAAUUUUAUGUAGUUAAAUUAUUAGUAGCUGUGCUUCAAAAAAGGAUGGAACUUGAACUAAACAGUAAUAUUAUUCUUUUAUCAUGGAGAUAGCUUGCAGUUAACUUUAUCUGGUGAUGGGCUGUUAGUCCGAGGGUCCAUUACUCCAAAGAUGUUUUUUUUAACAGUUAAAAUGUUCAAUUGAUUGUUUGGUUGAACUUGUGAAAUUUUAUGACAAAAACACCCCAGGAUAUGACCUAAAAUGUUGCAAUUUCUCUUGAAUGGAUGGAUAAAGUUUAUCAUCAUUUUCCCAAUAUUAUUUUCUUGUAUGCAUGUAUAAUAUUAGCUGUAGAGCCCACAUAUUUACCCAUCAGGAUUGGAUUUGGGAAUCUAGCUCUUCUGAGAGAAUGGACAUUCAAAAUUUUUAUUCCACAGUACUGUGACAACAAAUGUUAUAUUUCCUACCCAUUAAACAUAUUGAAAACCUCCAGGCAGUACAAUUAUCUUGACACCAAGCCAAUGCAAUGAGCUGUACACUACAAUGUUGAUUCAAAGAUUUCUGUUAUUUGUAUUUAAAACAAGAGCAAGUUAUAAAGGAUGGCUGGUCCCCCCAAACAUCUGCCAAGGUGCACCCUUUAAAAUUAUAUUUGAGAUUGUAUUCCUCUAUUAUGUACCUACAAAUUUGUUUAUUCAUUCAAUUUUGACUUCGGACUAACAGACUUUCAGAAUACUGGACAGUCACCCUUUAUAUUCUCAGGGAUUAUCAGACAGUUUUAUGGCAAAUUUUGUGUGAAACAGGUAUAAAUUCGAUGGACUUUUAGCAAUUAAUUGACUACAUAGGAAUUUGGCAUUAGGUGUAUAAAAGACACACACACUGUGAAAUUGAGUGAGGUAUUCAAAACAAGAAAUCUUCUGUACGUACAAUGAGAUCCUUCUUGAUACCAUAGAGUAAACUCACCAUUGGCAAUAAGAAUUUCUGUCUUGGAAAUUUAUUUAAAACACCUGAAUACAAUAACUUUUUUUGAAAGCAAAUAACCAUACCAAACUAUUUAGCACAUUUAACUUUAGUUUUUUCUUACUUAUAAUGAGAAGGAAUUCUUAAUAGGAUAAGUAAUAAAUUGAAUAAAAGCUCUUAAUGCUUCAAAUAUUUUUUCUGGGUUUGAUUUGUGUAAUCUACUUUUUUUUCUUUUUUAAGAACUUCCAGUGGAGAUAUUUUCUAACAUAAUUUUAGUUAAUCUUUCUGUAGCAUAUUAUUUAUAGUCUUUUUUUUUAUUAAUUUAAUAGUAACAUGAAACUGAUUAAUAUGGAAAACAACUUUUAAAUAUUAAUAAUUAAGAUUUACUGUAGUUGCAAUCCAAAAGGACCUAAUAAAUUAAGAGCACGGAUUAGGCCUGUGGCAGAACUCUGGAUUUCAUAAUUGUAGAGGUGCACUUCAAAUUAUGUCUGUGAGAAGAGUGACAGUCAGUCUCUUAGCAUGGGUAGUAAGGAUGCUACUGAUUGGUUGGUUUCCAUCUGGUCAGUAGUUCAAAGUCAGGAAUGGUGACAGAUAGCCAUAGUAACUUUGCCAUAAGUACAAAAUACAAAUGCCUAAUGAUUAGAGAAAUUAUAAAGAAAUAUAUGUAAAUUACAUUUGGCUAUUUGAUAAGUAUAGACUUAGGAUAAUUUUUUAUUUCUUUUUUUCAGUUUUAUUCUACAGGAAUAAGUUUGUAAGUUUUUAUCAACAAAAAACUAAUUGAAAGAAAAAAAAUCUUUCAAGAAAAACACCUUCAUAUUUAUUCUUCUCCUGCUUAUUACAGAAGAAAUCACAAUUAAAACUGACAUAAUUAAAUCUAAUACUUCUCUGUGAUACUUGUUUAUUAUCAGAAUAAGAUAACAAAUGCUUAUAUUGAUGAUUGUUUUAUAAAUCAGAUGACAGAAUAUACCUUGUGUCAAGACAUAUUGGAAUAUAAACAAAUAAAAACUCAACUUUCUAACCUACAAUUCAAAUAUGUUUGAGCAUCUAGUUAUUAGAUAUUUUGAAGAUAUUAAACAACUUGUUCUUACUUUAUUACCAAAUUCAUUACAUGAAUCAGAAACAUGAAAUAAAUUCUAUAAAAGUUGGAUGGCAACAGUACAAUUUAAAUUUUCAUGUAGCAUAAUUUCUUCCUACACAUUUUACCUUUAUUAUUUUUUAUUUGAUGCAAAAUGUUUAAAGACUGAUUACAAAAAAAUUAUUUGUGUGAAAACUGAUGGCAUGAAAGUUCUAAUUUGACUAAGGAAAAAUUAUUAGUUAAUAAAAAUUGUGCCAUAUUUGUUAUUACAAUCAUUUUUGUUGUACAACUCUUGAUAAAAUACUUUUAUCAAGGAACAUUUACAGAUUAAAAUACUCUUUCUUGAAAUACUUAAAAUUCUGUAUGGUCAAUUACCUUCCUGAGAGGAUUAAAUGGAAUUGUCAAAUUUUAUACCAUACUUGUCUUUGAUUCAAGAGAUUUAUAAAAUUACAUAAUCAUUUAGGAGUUCCUGAACUUUAGACUAGUGAAUGUGAUGUGUAUAAAUGUUCAAUUCUUUGUUUUCUUUGAUAUCAAGUGUGGUGUGUAAUCCAGAAGGAAUCACUGUUGUCUGCAGAAAUGCAAAUUCUGAAUGAACUGUUAUGAUUCACAAAAAAAUGUUGUGAACAAGUGUACCUUCUUGUUAUGUAUGUCGAUAUUUAGAUAUUCAUUAAAAGUUAACAAAGUCCAUGAGUUUGAGUAUCCUCAAGCCAUUUGAUAAAACCCAAAUAUCUACCAAUGAUAAAAGUAAAUUGUAAUUGUUCUUGUUGUGAAAUAUGUUGGAAAUGUGUACUUAGUAUCAGUGCGUAGGGAAAAGAAAUGAAUAAUGUACAUUUUAAUGUUUCAAAAUUAAUCCACAACUAGAACAAUUAACAGAAAGAAAAAAAACAAGUUUUUUUUUGUCACAUGAUUGUUUUAUCUUUUGGUUCUGGAAUCCUUCUUGAACUAAAAUGCCAGUAGAACUCUUGAAUGUUUAAAAGAAAUAAAGUAGCUGAAUAUGCAUAUACUGUUAUUUCUUUAGUUUCAGUUCUAGAAAGUUAGAUUUUAUACACAGCACAUACAAAAAUCAUUUCAGCUUCAAUAAAUCAAACUGUUUUGUUUUAGCACACCAUUACCACUGUUAAAUUUGUCGUACAUAUCUCUUUAUGCUAAUGUUUCUCAAACCAUGUUUCCACAGAGUUCCGCUAAGGGUUCCGUGGAAUAAAAUCAGCAGUGGUAGAUAGACUGUUUAUAUAGGGAAAUAAGUCCACCCAUCGCACUGACAGAAAUGUCAUUCUUUCUUUAUGGUCUUGAAUGAAUCAUACUUUCUUAUAUAUAUAUGCAAAAAGAGUUUGGGAACCACUGCUUUAUGAAAUGCAGUUCUGAUUUAGAAAUUUAAUUGUUUAUAAGUUUUUAGUGAUUAGCAUAAGCCUGAUGAGUUAAGUUCAAUACAUUAAUAAGGCAAAAGAUUGUGCAGGUUUAGCCAAAAAAAUUUCGAAUUUUUUUUUUCAAUUUCGUGUCUUUAGACUUAAUAAGUACUUUAUUUUUGAGCAAAUUAGUAUUUUUAUAUUUUAUUGCACCUCUGGCAAUACAGAGAAACAGACAUUUUAAAAAUUUAGAUCACAUCGCAAUAUGCAUCAUCAUAUAGCUUAUCUCCUUUUUUUUUCCAGUCUAACCACUUUUUACAAAUAGGAAUUUAAGACUUUAGGAAAUUACCAGUCUUUCAAAUUAAGCGUAAAGUGCAGAGGUAGAACUAUUUCCUUUCAUUUCUGAUGACCAUUUUCUUUUAUUCUGUACAUCACUUGAUGAUAUUUUUAUUUUUCAAAAUAAAAUAUGGCUUAACCUCAAUACAAUCUUUGCCAAUCUCUUUAUUUCUUAACUUGUAUACUUCUUUUUGGUUCUUAUUUUAAUAAACCAGGAUUUUUGUUUUGUUUGUGUUUGGGCAAAACUUGCAUUGUGCCUGUAUUGCCAAAGCGGUCCACACAUUGUUUGGAAGUAUACUUGGUUUCUUUGUUGUUGUCCAAACUGCAUCAGCUGUCAGAUUUUCGUUAUAUAUAUAUAUAUAUAUUCAUAAUGAUGUAUGUGUUUUGUGACAUGCAACUAGUCUUCAUUUUCCAUCACUUGGUUGUCAAUGUGCCAUAAUUUGUUUUUUUUCUUGAUUUCUGUGUAUUAUCAGAAAACCAAUAAAACAAGUUUUUUUUU